AUGCAUCUAUCUUCAAUAUAUUAUUUAUUCAUUAUCUAUAUCUAUUCAAUUCAAACAACAUGUGGUGUUGUAUACAAAGAAUAUGAUAUAAUCAAAUAUAGCUCAUUGGAAUUACCAUGUAGCUUUUCUGAUAUAACAGAUGAAAAUACAAUUGUAUGGAAAAGAGGAAAUGAUACAUUAUUUAUUGAUGAAGAUCAAUUAUCAUAUGAUGAACGUUAUAGUGUUAUGAGAAGCAGUACUACAAGUAUAUUAAUUAUAAAAUCUGUAGAACCUAUAGAUAAUACAGUUUUUAAAUGUGAAUUAACGGAAUCAAAUCAACAACUGGUAUUUCGGUUAUCUGUCAAUAAUCCACCGAAAGUUCAUUUGAUACCAAAUCAAAAAGAAUUUUAUGCUCAACAAGGUGAUCGCAAUCUAGUCAUACGAUGUAUUGCACAUGGAAAUCCCAAACCACUUAUCAAAUGGCUUAAUUCGCAUUCGAGAAUGGCAAAUGAUUCAAAUAUGAAAGACUAUCAGUUAAUAUUUCCAAUUGUCUAUAGAGAUCAUAGUGGAAAGUAUUGUUGUAAUGCAACUAAUACAGUUGGAUCAUCACAAGAAUGCAUAGAUAUCAAAGUAUACGUACGACCAGAUAUUAAAGCUGAAGAAACAUUUCUAAGUGUUGUUGAUGGAUCUGAACAGACUAUCUCAUGUGUCUUUGGAGGCUUUCCCAUUCCGUCAACCGACUGGCAAUUCAAUGGUCAAAAGAUAAAUUUUGCAUCUGAUCUGUUUCAAUCUGUCAUAAGACAUGUUCGUCGUUCUAAUGGCUCACAUGUCACAUCGCUCUACUUUCCGAAUAUGACGGUGGAUCAUUUCGGUGAUUAUAUCUGUCGCGUAUCAAAUACUAUUGGUUCAGACAAAGCUGUCAUACAUGCAAGCGCUCGUCCAGGACCACCAACAAUAAUAUUUCAAGAUAAAACUCUAUUUUGGACUUUACAAUCAAAAAUUCCAAUGAUUGAAUACAAAUUGUAUUCACGAUAUCAGAAUGAUGAAGAAUGGAUCAACUUUGAGAAUAUUCUCGUAAAACAGACUGAUAAUGUGCAAUCAGAUCGUUGGGAACGUGAAAUACAAUUGGAAGAUUAUUUUGAACCCGAAAUCAAUUAUGAGAUUCAAGUUCAAGGACGUAAUUCUUUUGGAUGGGGAAGUUUAGCUAAAAAUUACAUUGCAAUAUCGUAUAGCUCAUCGAAAAAAAAACUAAUGUCACUUAGUCCUGCAUCUUUUAAUGUGACAAUAAUGCUUUGUUUGCUGGUAUUCAACAGUUUAUGA